AUUCAACACAGAAGAAAAUUUAUUGUGUUGUAAUGGGAACGUUACUGUGUUAUGCUCUUGCCUGUCUUACUCUCUCACCCUCUCAUCCUUUCUACCCCUCUCUUCUCUCGGGCCUGCUCCGAGCUGUGCCUGGCAGCUCCAAGCAGGGCCCUGCACCCAGGCCCUUUGCAAUAAACCGCAAGUUCCACGCCCUGGCUGCAGAGAUCUCUCGUCUCCAUCUGUCCCGACCGUCCUACCCCCCGACAGUCCUACAAACACGCUCAUCCCUUGUUUUCCCCAAACCAGGAUUUCCCAUUGCCAGCCCUACGGAGGCUGAGAGGAAGAGGAAGUUUCCCCGGGACACUGAGGCAGAUCAGGAGCUGAGCAUGGAGAGCAGGGAGGACAAAUGCCCGCGGCAGAACCUGGUGGAAGAAGCCGUUUUGAGCGGCUCCACGGCGCAGGAAGCCAGCGGGGAGGAAAAGCCCCGGAGAUGCCACAUGAGGAGGGGCUGCAAACGCAGCCAGCGGGGAUCUGAGGGGGAAAGAGCCAGCCUGGGCCGGGAAGGCGGCCGGAGACGGAGCCAGAGCUCGGAGCUGGUGCUCCAUGAGCAGCUCCAUGAUGGGGAGAAGCCCCACACGUGCGUGGAGUGUGGGAAGAGCUUCAGGUGGAACUCCGACCUGAUCAGGCACCAGAGGUUCCACACUGGGGAGAAGCCCUAUGAGUGUGGGGAGUGUGGGAAGAGCUUCAGCCAGAGCUCCGACCUGAUUGUCCACCAGAGGACCCACACUGGGGAGAAGCCCUAUGAGUGUGGGGAGUGUGGGAAGAGCUUCAGCCGGAGCUCCCACCUGAUGAAGCACCAUAGGAUCCACACUGGAGAAAGGCCGUACAAGUGCUCCGAGUGUGGGAUGUGCUUCAGCCAGAGCUCCAGCCUGAUCACGCACCAGAGGACCCACACUGGGGUGAGGCCCUACGAGUGUUCCAAGUGUGGGAGGAGGUUUCAGAGCAGCUCCAAUCUCCUCCAGCACUAUCGGAUUCACAGGGAGGAGAGGCCCUUCCAAUGCCUCGAGUGCGGGAAGGGAUUCAAGCACGACUCCACCCUUGUCAAGCACCGGCGCAUCCACACUGGGGAGAGGCUCUACGAGUGUGAUAAAUGCAGGAAGAGGUUUCAGACCAGCUCCCAUCUCCUCCGGCACUAUCGGAUUCACACAGAGGAGAGGCCCUUCCGCUGUCCUGACUGUGGGAAGGGAUUCAAGCACAACUGCAACCUCAUCACCCACCGGCGCAUCCACACAGGGGAGAGGCCCUACGAGUGUCCCCAGUGUGGGAAGAGCUUCUCCAGCAGCUCUCACUUGACCCAACACCAACGGAGGCGCCAGUAAGGGAAGCCCUGCGAGUGCCCCGAGUGCGGGCAGAGCUUCGUGCGCUGCUCCAGCUCCAUCCCCCACUGGAGGAGGCACUUUGGGCACAGCCCUGGUCACUCACAUUCCCUGUGAUCCAUGUUGAGAACACACCUGGCUGCUUCUACUUUUAAUUUCACAUUAAUUUUUUUCUAUUCUCCAUCUCUUUGCACUGCAGAAGCCAAGAGGAAUAGAUCUGUCACCUCAAAAUCACUCAAAUCCCAGUGAAAACAGCUCAAUCUAACCCCAAAAAGAGCUCAAACCUACCUCAAAAACUCAGUCCCACACCAAAUUCACUCGAUUCCGCAGCCAUCAGGCUGAGAUGAGGCUGGGAGGUGAUUUAGAGUCGUGGGGUCCCAAUUAGAGUGGUGGGAUGGAGAUUGUGUGGGGCUGGGUGUGUGGGAUGUAUUUGACAGCAAAUAAAACUCUGAGACUUAUUGAUUUC